UAUAGAGUUGAGAGAUAAUAACUUUGCACCAUGGAUAUGGUGAAUGGAGAGAUGGGAAGCCAGCAGCUACUGGCUCAAGCUCACAUAUGGAACCACAUCUUCAAUUUCAUCAGUUCCAUGUGCUUGAAAUGUGCCAUUCAGUUAGGUAUUCCCGACACCAUCCACCACCAUGGCCAACCUAUGACCCUCGACGCCUUGGUCUCUGCACUUCAAAUUCACCCCUCCAGAGCUCACUGCGUCGACCGCCUCAUGCGCAUCCUCGUCCACUCCGGAUUCUUUGAACAGAAGAAGCUUGCGCCGGACGGUCAAGGUGCCUACGUACUCAAUCGCGUGUCCAAGCUCCUCCUUACGGACAAUCCCUCCAAUGUUGCGCCGUUCGCACUGUCCGUGCUCGACCCUAUUCUGAUAAACCCAUGGCAUGGCUUGAGCGCGUGGUUCCACAACCACGCCGACCCGACGCCAUUCGAAAUGGUGCAAGGGAUGUCGUUUUGGAGGUAUGCUGGUCAAGAGCCGGGGCUUAAUCGCUUAUUCAACGAUGGCAUGGCUAGCGAUGCUCGAUUGGUGGCUAGCAUGGUGGUUAACGAGCACAAAGGGGUGUUCGAGGGAAUAACCUCGUUGGUCGAUGUAGGCGGAGGAACUGGGACGAUGGCCAAGGCCAUCGCGAACUCCUUUCCGCACAUGGAAUGCACAAUAUUUGAUCUUCCGCAUGUGGUGGCUAAUUUAGAAGUUAGCGAGAACGUGAGAUGUGUUCCUGGGGACAUGUUUGAGGCCAUACCACCUGCAGAUGCAAUAAUAUUGAAGUGGAUACUCCAUGAUUGGAGCGAUGAAGACGCUGUGAAGGUACUGAAGCGAUGCAGGGAGGCCUUAGGCAAAGGCGAGGGCAAGAAAAAGAAGGUAAUUAUAAUUGAAAUGGUGAUGGACAACACGAAGAGCGACAAAGAGAUGGUCGAAACCCAGCUCUUCUAUGAUAUGUUGAUGAUGACCCUCACGUCGGGGAGGGAGAGGAAUGAAGCAGAAUGGGCUAAGCUCUUCGUCGCUGCUGGCUUUGGGGACUACAAGAUCACCCCUGUACUUGGCUUGCGAUCUCUUAUUGAGGUCUACCCUUCAUGAUCGAUUAUCAAUACUUGCCAAUUCAUGCUCUAGUUCUUAUAGCUUGCGGUAAGUUAAAGAUCAGUAGUAAAUAAGGCUUCUCUAGCCACACACAUGAAAAUACAUAUUUCAGUAAGGGUUUAGCGAUGUAUGAGCAUGCGAGAAUGGCGUGAUUAAGUCGCUCAUUCAGAUAAGCAUAUUUAGCAGUUGAAGCAAGUGGCUGUCGUUUGAAUCGAUUGGAGUGUGAUCCUUUUCUAGCCACACACAGUGUGGAAGUUGAGACCUUGGGCACCUGAAUUUCUAAAAUGUUCUAUAUUGUAAGUUUUUCACUCUCUCUCGUAUGAAUUGAAUGAUUGCUUCAAGCAUGGGGGAAGUUGUUAAACAUU